UUGUGAACAGAGUUUAAAAGCUUGUGCAAGACACCAGACAUUCACAGGAAGCUGGACCAGCAAUGGCUCUGCUGAAGGUUCUGCUGCUGCUGGGGCUGGGUAUUUCAGUGAACUCAGCUGUUUCUCUCCAAAAGAGAAUCAUUGGAGGUGAAAACUGUAAAGACAGUGAGCGUCUUUAUUAUGUCCGGCUGGAGACCAGCAUUGAUAAUGUCAUUAUCCGCUGUGGAGGAUCUCUGAUCCACGCUGAGUGGAUCCUGACUGCAGCUCACUGCGUGAUGUUCUGGCCAGGAUGGACUAACGUAGCAAUCGUAAAAGUUCAUCCACGGACUGCUGGGCAGGAGAGACAAUUGAUCCAACAAAAUCCUUUGAUUUAUUCUCGCGAUGACAGGUAUCAUGGCAUCAUGUUGGUGAAGCUUCAGACACCAGUAACAGGUGUCCCACUUGCUCAGUUACCAGACUGCAGGCAUCGUCUUAAAGUAGACAAUGUUGUUCAACUGGCCGGAGAGGGACCAACAUCGCUCGAUACCAAUAAUCAGCAAUCAAUCAAUGUUGCUGUUCCAGCACAUCUUCAAUGUGUCGACAUCAAUGUUGUUUCACUUCCCGCUGCCAUGCCAGUGUACGGGAAUGUAUUCACUGCUUCAGCACCCAACAAGGAUAUCUGCUAUGGUGAUGAUGGUGGAGCAGCGGUGCACAACGGCAUGAUUUAUGGUGUGAUUUCUCAUGGUGGACCAGAUGCAUGUCAGAAACCAGUUGUAAUCAUGAAUGUGUGUAUAUACAAAAAGUGGAUAAAAAAAAGAACUGGGCUUCAAUGAAAAAUAAACUGUAAUGAAAUAAAAUUCUCAGUAAAUUUCCUCUCACAUAUAAUUGUGUCUUCAUCAGUUUGAUUCACAUGUUUGUAGAGUUAGAAUAAAUCAAAAGUUGAGUUUUUUCUCACCUGAUCUUGACCUCCCUAAUGGAGCUUUCUCUGCCUCAGAAAUGAAAAAUAAAUCAAUACAUGAAACAGA